AUGGCGUCUAGAGCAGCAGCGGCCGCCGUGGUCAUCCUGGCCUUGGUGUGUGCCGCGCAGCCGUCCCUCUCGGCGGCCACUGCCGCCGGGGGUCUGUCCCCUGACUUCCACGCGACGACGUGCCCGUCCCUGCAGCAAAUCGUGGCGUUCCACGUGGGGGAGGCCUUCAAGAACGACUCAGGCGUGGCGCCGGCCCUCAUCCGCAUCCUCUUCCACGACUGCUUCCCGCAGGGCUGCGACGCGUCGGUGCUCAUCGAGGGCCCCGGCACCGAGCAGGACGAGAUCCCCAACAAGACGCUCCGUAGAGUGGCGCUGGACCUCAUUGACCGCAUCCGUAUGCGCGUGCACAGCGCCUGUAGCCGCACAGUCUCGUGCGCCGACAUCACCGUGCUCGCCACCCGCGAGUCGCUCGUCCUGGCCGGCGGGCCCCGCUUCGACGUCGCCCUCGGCCGGCGCGACUCCUUCUUCCCGGCGUCCAAGGACCAGGUCGGCCUGCUGCCGGCGCCCUUCCACCCGGUGGACACCCUCAUCAAGUCCUUCGGCGACCGCGGCCUGAACGUGGCGGACCUGGUGUCCCUCUCCGGCGCGCACACCUUCGGGGUCGCCCACUGCGGGGCCUUCAGGGACCGGUUCAAGCCGGUGUUCGACACGAGCCCAGCCAUCGACCCCAAGUUCGCCACGGAGCUGCGGAACAAGUGCGCCAAGGACAUCCCCGAAGGCACCCUGAAGCAGAACCUCGACGUGCGCACGCCGAACAUCUUCGACAACAAGUACUACUUCGACCUGAUCGCGAGACAGGGCCUGUUCAAGUCGGACCAGGGCCUCUUCGACCACCCCACCACCAAGCGCAUGUCCAUUCGCUUCUCACUCAACCAGGACGCCUUCUUCGAGCAGUUCGCCAAGUCCAUGGCCAAGAUGGUCAACAUGGACCUGCUCACGGGCGACAAGGGCGAGAUCCGGGCCAGAUGCGCCGUCCGCGGCACUCCCCCACGCAUCGAGGCCGCCGCCGCCGGCAACGACGAGGGGAUCGCCGCCGACAUGUAA